AUUAUGGAAUUAGAAAUUGUUGUAUAUCAAAAGUUUCUUGUUCUAGUAAUACCCAACUACAUACAAUUUGCUAUUUUAUCUGUCUAUUUUAUGGAUUGAAAACAUGAAUUUGGCCCAAGAAAAUCACUUUGCAAAUGGCUUGUUAUACGUUGGAUUCAAUCAAGAUCAAGGUUGUUUUGCUUGCGGAACGGAGAAUGGUUUCAGAGUUUUUAACAGUGAUCCGCUUAAGGAAAAAGAAAGGCAAAAUUUUGCCGAAGGAGGUCUCUCGUACGUGGAAAUGUUGUUCCGAUGUAACUACAUGGCAUUAGUGGGAGGAGGAAAGACACCUGUAUACCCUCCUAACAAAGUUAUAAUAUGGGAUGACCUGAAGAAGGAUUCUGCUAUUGCUCUAGAUUUUAACAGUCCUGUUAAAGCUGUGAAAUUGAGAAGAGACCGGAUAGUUGUUGUGUUGGAAAAUUUAAUAAAAGUUUAUACGUUUACUGCUCAGCCUCAACUACUUCACAUAUUUGAAACUUGUCAGAAUCUUAGAGGGCUGUGUGUUGUCUGUCCUAAUAGCAAUAAUGCUUUGUUAGCUUAUCCUAGCAGGAAAACUGGACAUGUUCAGUUGGUGGAAUUAAGCAGUCAUGCUGGUACCAGUACAGCCCCAGAAGGACACUUAAUUGUAGCACAUGAAGCUCCGCUAAGUUGCCUAGCUCUCAAUGUUGGAGGUACUCGGUUAGCUACUGCGUCAACCAAAGGAACUCUUAUAAGAGUAUUUGAUACAAACACUGGCCAAAAACUUGCAGAAUUACGAAGGGGUGCAAAUCAAGCAACAAUAUACUGUAUAAAUUUCAACCAUACAAGCACAAAUCUUUGUGUGGCAUCAGACCAUGGAACAGUACAUGUCUUUAGCCUUGAUGAAGAGAAAUUAAACAAGCAGUCCAAUUUAGCAUCUGUAUACCUCCUGCCAAAGUAUUUCUCAAGUAAUUGGAGUUUUUGCAAAUUCACAAUUCCAAAUGGACCACCUUGUAUUUGUGCUUUUGGAGUAGACAAAAGCUCUAUUAUUGUGAUUUGUGCCGAUGGAUCAUACUACAAAUAUAAAUUCAAUGAAAAAGGAGAAUGCAACAGAGAUGUCUAUGCACAAUUUCUUGAGACUUCUGAAGAUAGAUAAACAGCUAUUUUUCUGACAACGGGCCUGACUCAGAAUUAGUUGUGAGCUACUAAUUUCUUUACCGUAUUGGGGUAAAUUAGUAAUUUUCUAAAUGAGAAAAUUAAAUUAGAGACUGCUACAUUAUCUUAGAUACUCUCACUUAGGAUGCUUGUCAUUCUCACAGCACAAUAUUCAUGCUACAUACACCUUUAGAUCAUAGAACAUCAUUUUUCUGAGAAUUAAAUUUUGAUGUGAUUGAGUGAAUGAAUUUAUGUGAUCCAUGAGGCUCUUAUGUACUAUGAGUUAAUUUUUAGUUACAAUGACUGUCAAACAUGACUUAUGUUAUGUGCUUUGUAAUAUACACUAACAUGAAGGUUACAAGAAUAUAAUAAAAGUCAUGGUAGUAUACUAGAUUUUAUAUAGGAUCUUAUAUCAAAUAUAAAAAAAUCUAUAAAGGUAAAUUAUUGGAAAAUAUAUUUCAUUAGAUCCAUCCCAAUCUAGGGCAAUAAAUGUUGACAGAUAUGAUGAAUUCUAUAAUUGAUCAAUGAAGGAGGAACAAUCAUAACAAAAUCCCCCUAAGAUCUCUAAACAUAUAAUAUUUAACCUAAAAAUAAUUCCUACAGAAAAGUGACUGAAUAUAGAUUGUGAUAAGUUUUUUCAUUAAUAAUAUUAUAUCUCGAUUUUACUUUGCUCACUUCGCAUUAAACUAUUGGCUAUCGUAAAAAUAUAACUUUCGAUAUAAAUGAUUAAACAUUUUGAAGGUAUAUUAUGUCUUAAUUGGUGAAUAAAGUAUAUCUCUUACAAAUAGGAAUUUGUCCUAUAAAAGUAUUAAUUGUAACAAACAUCAAAUGGUCAUUUUUAUAUUUUUUUUAUCCAUGAUACAAUAGAAAUUCCGUAGUGUAAUUUGUAUGUUUAUAUUGUUAAUAAAUUAUAGAAAGUAGAAAAUGAAUUUAUGAAACAUAUUUAUUAUCAGUAAAACUGAAUUGUAAAUAUAAAUGAAAUUAUCCUGUGGUUUUCGGCAGAUGUUGUUUCGAAUUAUCGUCGAAUAUAUUAUACAAAUGGCGGUAUUAAAUUUCAAUAUAUCUAAUCUAGUCUUUGUAGAAAAAUAUGAAAUGGAAUAUAAAUUUGUAUUUCACAAAGUAAAAGCCCAUAUGGCGAGCGUUAAAGUUCAAUUGCUAUAUUUUUUUAAAGAUUAACUAGUCAUUGAACUUUGAAUAAUCAUAAUAAAAUUUAAUCCGUUUUAUUAUGCCUAUGAAUUUCCCAAUUAUUCUUAAUUUCAAAAUGUAAUGCCACAAGCAUAUCUUACCUACAUUAAAUUUAGAAAGUAAACAUUAAUUGAAUAUGAUGGGUUUUGGAAAACUAUGUAACUUAAGUAAUGCAUAUCUUAAAAAUAUCGCCGUUUAGUAUAAACAAAAUUUAUUGUAAAUAAAGAAUUAAGUUCCUUAGAUACUUUAAAUUUGAUUUCCUCGUUGUAAAUUUUAAAAAACCACUCGAGAUUCGAAUUACUUUGUUGAAAUUAAAUUAAUAGACAAUUUUUGAAGCAAUGUAUACUUUGUUUUUAUAUAUAAUAUACUUUUGUGUUAAUCCAUAAAAAUCAAUGUAAUCACCUUU